AUGGGUAUCGCAGGUCUUUGGCCCCUUCUUGAACCGACUUGUCAACCCGUUUCGCUAGAAACUUUGGAGGGAAAAAUUCUAGCUGUUGAUGUUUCAAUAUGGAUUUACCAAGCUCAGCUAGGAUAUCCUGGUGAUGUCCGAUGUCCUCAUCUCGCGCUCCUUGUUUCUCGGUUAUGCAAGCUACUGUAUUACAAAAUAAGACCUGUGUUUGUGUUCGAUGGUGAGGGCGUUCCCUCGUUCAAGAGGAAAGUCUUGGUGAUCGCUACAGAUUCCAGUGUUGUAGGCUCACAGACACAGUCGGAAAUCGAUGCUGUCAAGGAUAAAUUAACUGCGGCGAAUUCGAAGCGACAGCGGCUUGAAAAUGACUUGUUCGACAUUUUACCGCCAAAACCAGUUGAGGUGGUGGAUUUGAGCGACGAUGACGAAGAUGUUGUGGUGUUGGAUAUAAAAGAACGUGAGUUGUCAUCUCGAACUAUUGACAUCUUAGUGGAUGAGCGUGAACGUAUUCGAAAUUCCAGACUAAGGCCAUCACAGUUGGUGGAAAACAAGGAGUCUACCUCCACUGGAACCCCAUCACAGUACGAGACGGCAACUUAUGAUCAGCAUCCCUUGUUUUCGAUUGUUGACAAUUCGGAGGAUUCACCAGUGAUGUCUGAGGAUGCGGUGAUGCUUCGAACUGAUGACUGGUCGUCUGACUCAGGAACGGAUGAUUUUAUUGACGUGCCUCUUUCUGAUCCUCUUCUUGAACAACAGUUAAUCGGAUGUAAAGCUGAAGAACAAAAAGAAUCUAACUCAAGCCAGCCAUCAACUUCAGCAAUCAUUGAAAAGCAGGAAGCAGCUUCAUCGACGUCUAGUGAAAUAGCAGAAGCUUGGGAUCCUGCAGGGGACAGCGACACACGUGACUCUCAGUGGGAUGACAAGGAUGGACUGCGAAAUAAUGUCCCAAGCAGUCGAGAUUCUGAAUGUUACAAAGAUCUCCAGGAUUUCUUGACCGCUUGCGGCUUUCCAUGGAUAGAAGCACCGGGUGAAGCAGAGGCUCAGUGCGUAGAGUUGGAGAGGUUGGGUCUAGUGCAGGGUGUGAUCUCGGACGACAGCGAUGUUUGGGCCUUUGGAGUAAGAAAUGUGUAUCGUCAUCUUUUUUCAAAGAAUAAGAAUGUACAGCACUACGAUUCACGCAUAGUCCGACAAGCAUUAGGUCUUUCACAAGCAGACUUCGUCGGGAUCGCUGUUCUUUCUGGUGGUGACUACUCUCCAGGUCUGGCGAGUAUUGGAAUAGUGAAUGCAGUUGAACUUCUGUCCGAGUUUGCAGUGAGUAGAUCUGAUGAGCAAGGCCAAUCUCAAGAGAAAGAGACGUUGAUGACCUUGAAGAAUGUUGAAACAUGGAUGGCUACAUUUGAUUCAAAUGAAGAUCCACCGGAACCAGUAGCCCUACGUCGCAAGCUUCGGGCUGUAAUAAAGAAAAAUAAUGACAUGGAGAGAAUCAAAUCGAUUGUUAACCCUGAAGUUGUGGCAGCAUAUUUCCGGCCAAAUGUGGACAAAUCGCGUGAGAGAAAUUCCGCUGGAAGAAGGUUGACAUGGAACGAGUACGAAUUCUACUGUACUCCCGGCUUGGUUGGGAUGACGAAAAAUGUGAUAAGCAAACAUUAA